UAGUUUGUACGCGUUUUGGUAUUAGUAUCAUUUUACCCAAAAUUACCAUCAUUUAGUCAUUUUAGGCUACCAAUUUUCACCCCCUAUCUCCUUUCAAUUGGAUUCUGCAAAUUCUUGGUUAAGCCACUGCGUUUCCCUCACUGCAAUUGCAGUUGCGGCCGUUGUUUGUUCAUCCCAAGCUAUGACCACGACAACCAGGUUGUCUCGGAAUGCUAAUUUUUCCAUUUUUAAGCUUUCCAAUUCAAGUGAUGCGGCUUUGAAUCUCGGACCAUGCUCUCAUAAGAAUGUUUGCUUCUUUGGAUGGAAGCUCCAUUCUCAGCCAUGUUUCAUUCAUGUCAAUAAUUUCAGGAAAAUGGAAUGGUCUGUUAGAAGCAAUGUGGAUGCCAGUGGGUUUGAUCCUUCUUCCAGCAACGGUGGGCGGCCCAGAUUAAUUAGGGCCAUCCAAGGUAUUCAAACCAAACUAGGUGUGAGGAUUCAGGAGCUAAGGAAAAAUCUCCCCAUGAAGAUACUCUUUUUCUUGGUAGGAUUUUAUUGUGCAACAGCGUUUGCAACUUUUAUUGGGCAGACAGGUGACUGGGAUAUUCUAUCUGCUGCCUUGGCUGUGUUUGUUGUAGAGGGUAUAGGAGCCCUCAUGUAUAGGGCCUCUCUUCCUCUACUCAACAAUGUUAGGAAUCUGAUCACCAUAUUUAACUAUUGGAAAGCUGGCCUUUCUCUUGGUCUCUUCUUGGAUUCAUUUAAGUAUGAAUUGGAUAAGAUUACUGGCUUUAGCAAUCCCUUGAGUUUUGACCUGGAUGUGUUUGCUCUAUUCGUGUAGCCUGCUGCUGUUACUAUAUGCUGUUAUGGUAACAUAUCAUGCAUCUAUCAUGAGAAAUACAACACAAGUGAGUCAAGACUUGAAUCCAUGCAUGGCCCCACACCUCUGGUUGCCACUCAUGCCCUUUGAUGGACUAUAGUGGUGGCAUUAAGAAGGAAGCAGUCCAGUUGAAAAGUUCUUCAGAGAAAAAAAUGUUGCUCAUUUCAUACAGAGAAGAAAUUCCUUGGACUUGUCACCUUUGGUGUUUUUUUGGUUCCUUAAGUUCAUUCUUAACUUCAAGUAGCAUGUAGAAUUUCCUGGUUAUAGUUUUCCCAAUACUAGAGGACCAUCAUAUGAUCAUUUGAAGAUGAGAUAGUUGAGAAGUUUUUUCCAUGCUACAGGUUAGCCCAAAUGACUGAUUCCAUGACUGAUUCCCCAUGUACAUACUUAACUUUGGAAAUGCUUCCCAUGGUUUCUAAAUGAGAAAAGUUCCACAGCUUAUGAGUUGGAAUUUGUGAAUAGUUGAAGAUGAGUGAAGUAUUAAAGCAUCUAUCUGUAUACCUUUCAGCAGAUGUCUAUAAAUUUAUGACAUACAAUGUUCUAUAGGAAUGGCUAAUAUAUUUUUGACUAA